GGAGGCUCGGGUCUGAGUGUCAACUGAGAACUUACACUGUUGCAGUUAACCUUCAAAGACAGCAGCGCAUUGACACUGGGGUUAGUAGGAUCUAGGGAAGACGUUACCCCGAUAAUCUACAUCCUUCAGGGCCCACCAUCUAAAAUCAGAAUGGAGGGUCAAGUUGAAAAAACACAGAGCUGUGGGACAAUUUGUCUGAAAUAUCUACUUUUUCUCUUUAACAUCCUCUUUUGGCUUGCAGGAGGGGCUGUCCUGGCAGUGGGCAUGUGGACUCUGGUGGAAAAGAGCGACUACAUCAGUUUACUAAACUCCAGCUUCUACUCAGCCUCAGCUUAUAUCCUGAUAGCUGCUGGGGUCAUUGUGAUAGUGACCGGGAUAAUCGGGUGCUGUGCCACUCUGAAGGAGAUGAAGAGUCUUUUGAUUGUGUAUUUGAUCUUGUUGCUCUGUAUUUUUCUGCUGGAAAUCAUUGCUGGUGUGCUGGCCUACAUUACCUACCAAGAGUGUUUCCCUUUCUGCUACCAGCUGGAUGAGGAGCUCAGACAGAACUUGAAGGAGACAAUGCAGCAGAAAUACCAGCAGCCGGGGGAGGAGAGCAUCACGCAGGCUGUGGACAAACUUCAGCAGGAGUUUAAGUGUUGUGGCAGUCACAACUUCUCAGACUGGAGAGGCUGUGUGUGGAUCCAGGCAGCAGAGAAUGAGCGGCUCAUUCCUGAUAGCUGCUGUAAAACUCCCAGUGACCUCUGCGGCCGCAGGGACCAUCCCUCCAACAUCUACAAGGUGGAGGGUGGCUGCAUUAUGAAAUUAGAGGAAUUCUUCCUGAGUCAGUUGUAUAUUCUCGGUGCAGUGGCCAUUGGGAUUGCAUUCCUACAGCUUGUGGGGAUGAUGUUUACUUGCUGCCUUUAUCGAAAUUUUAAAGAAGAACUGUACUGAUCUGUUUUUAUAUUCUGUGAUAUCCCAUAAUGUGUUACAUCAUGAAUUGUAUAAUGCAUUGUUAGGUAUUUGAAUGUCCCAAUUAUUUACACAGUUCUGGAUGAUGUGAAGUUCCAAUUAAAUUUAUGACUUUCAAAAUAAACACACUAGAGACACUGUAA